UAGGAAAACGGGACUGGGAAAAAAUGGAAUCUUCUUUGUCUUGUCUUGGCCGGAUAGCAUCGGUGAGCAUUAGUCACCAUAUCCUGCAGGCGCAUGCGUACAAUGUAACCUGGAAAAAAAGCGUGAUGUGAAGCAAUGCCAAGUGCCCAGUAUGAGUAAGAGAAGGGUGACUGUAGAAGGCUCAAAAGCUGUGAAUGACGAUAAAAAGAAACCCAGUGUAUUUGAGCGCCUAGGCAGAAGCUUUGACAAUACUGAGACUGUACGCACUUGCCGUAAUUGGGUAGAGACUGGUGAGUGUCCAUACGGAAACAAGUGUAGAUUUCGUCAUCCAGGUUAUCAAGGUAAAAAUAAAGGCUUUGAAGAUUCUGAUGAUCUGAGGUUGAAGAUGAAAAGCAAGAGAGACAAAAGUGCAAGCCCCACAUCCUCUUCACCACAGAGAAGCAAAAAGAAAGAUAAAGAAAGUAAAAUGAAGUCCACUGUUGUGGUGUCAAAAGGUGAUAGAAAGGGGGAAAGUGAAAGUGAAACUGAAGUGCCUGAUGAAGCAUCUGGAUUAGACUUUGCAGAGGAACUGGCGCUGAUGCGUGAGCGGCAAGCACUUUUACGACAACUCCAGGAGACGGAGGGUGGAGACAGCGAGUUCGAGAAGGUGGUUAUUGAAAAGCAGAUUACUUCAGAGGAAUCAGAAAUAGAAGUGCCUCACAAAAAACACAAGAAAAAGAAAGACAAAGACAAAGAAAAAAUCAUGAAGUCUCCUGAUUUGAACCCUCAGUUACAAAGUCCCCCAACCAAAAAACAUAAGAAGAAGGAGAAAGGGCUGAAGACACCCCCUGCUGCUGCUAAAGGAGGGCCCCGUACCCCAAGCCCUGAUGUUGUGAAGGAGUCGAAGAAGGAAAAGAAAAGGUUGAAAUCCCUUGAAGAGGGCGACAAGGAAGCAGUGGUGGUGAAAGAAAAACACAAGAAGAAGCACAAAGCAGCCAAAGAAAGAGAGGAGGUUGAACCUUGGACGUCACCAGAGAAAACACACAAGCAUAAAAAAGAGAAGAAAGUGGCUCCCUCUAGAUCUCCAAGUGUAGAGAAAGUCAAGUCCAAAUCAAAGUCCAAGCGGUCACUCUCUCCGGAGGACUACAAAAGGGGGGAUGACAGUGAUGAUGAUAGAAAUAAAAAGUCCAAACGCUCACUAUCCCCGAGGGAGGAAAGCUACAGUAAAUCAAAAUCAAAGCGCUAUGAUAGCCCAGAAUAUGAGAGGUCACGAAAAAGGUCACCUGAAGAAUACAUUAGGUUGUCAUCCAAAAAAGACUAUGAUGACAGAGAUAGAAGAGGUCGUAGGUCACGGUCAAGGUCACCAGAGGCCAUAGAUGAUUAUAAGGAUAAGAGGGAUAGGAGGUCUCCUGAGGAAAGCAGGAGAAGGAGAUCACCGUCUCCUGAUGAGCGUUAUCGAGAAAAAAGACCCUCUUCGCCAAGGAGUCGCCGAGAUCGCUCGCCUGAGGAAGAGAGGUCAAGAGGUCGUGGUGAGGAGAGGAGAGGGCGGUCACCCAGUGGUUACGACAGUCGGAGGGGUGAUGAUGACAGAAACAGAAGACGAGACGAGGACUACAACAGGCGAGACGAUGAUCGUUACAGAAGAGAUACCAGGCGGGAGGCCACCCCAGAGCAGCGGGGCAGCAGCAGGAGAGAUGAGGACCUACGUCAGAGAGGCUCAUCUCCCAGAGACAGCAAGUCCAGCAAGAGGGCCCAGUCCCCUGAAGACAGUUUGCCCUCUCGCUCCCCUGCAAGCCGGAGGUACAUGUCUCCAGCUGAGGAUAAGUACAGGGACAGGAAAAGUCCAAAGUCUCCCCGGCGUCCCCCUUCCAUAGCAGAGGGACAGGACUAUGAUAGAGAGCGUGAGAAAGACAGAAUGCUCCCUGUCCAACAGGAAGUUCCACCAGGGGGCACUCCAGAUCAGCCCCGGUCAAGAGAGGCCGAGAUGAGUGGCGAAAGAGACAAUCGUCCUCCAAGGGAAAUGUACGAUGAGCGGGGGCGGGAUAAGUACAGGCAAGAGGACCUGCGUGGUCGCUCGCCGCCUCGCUCGGCUGAGAGGUACGAUAAAAGGGACAGGUAUGAACGUUACCCAGACAGGAGAGAGGGAGCAGAGGAGAGAUACGAUCGCCCUCCAGAUAGGCGAGAUUACAGAGAUGAGAGGGAGAGAUACGAGAGGGAGAAGUAUGGAGAUAGGAGAGAUGAUCGGGGUCGUGACUUCUACCAGGACAGAGGGCGUGGCAGGGGAGGGUCCAGAGGAAGAGGUGGUGGAAGGGGAAGAGGAUAUUCUGGAGAGAGAUAUGAUGACCGUGGCUAUCGUGACCCCAGAGGACCACCCCCAGACAUGAGGUCACGCAGGGGGGACUGGGAUGGUCGCCAUGGUGAUGACAGAUAUCCCAUGAGGCCAGACGAUAGGGGGCCUCCAAGACCAGAUGAAAGGGGCCAGCCAGUUCCUCCUAGGCCAGAUGAUAGGGGGCCUCUGAGACCAGAAGAAAGGGGUCCACCGAGAGAUGACCGGGGUUUACAGAGACAGGAUGAAAGAGGUCCCUAUAGAAUGGAUGAGAGGGGUCCACCCAGGUCAGAUGAAAGGGGUCCACCACCAGAUGGCAGUAGAGAGAGGCAUCCUUAUGAUGACAGAGCAAGGGAGGAGUAUAACAGGAAGCGGUACAGAGAAGAGCUCCCUUCCAGAGGGUCAAGGUCUCCACCAUACAAACGGCAGCGAGAGUUAUCUCCAGCUCUCAGUGCAAGUAGCCGAGGAAGGGAAGACCGGGACAGGCAAAAGGAGGACUAUCGCAGAGACGACAGAGAGCGUGAUGACCGGGACAACAGGGACCGGGAUGACCGGGACAACAGGGAUAGGGAUGACCGGGAUAACAGGGAUCGGGAUCGGUUAAAAGAUGAGGGGGGCAGGGACAGAAAGUACAUUGAUGAAAGAUACAGAGAAGAUCCAAGGUCAAGGUCACGAGAAAGUACACGUGGAGCAGAAGAACGGGACCAGAAGGCACGACUCCUAGAUGAAGGUUCGGGUCGCGGCACACCUCUCAGGGAUGAAGACAAACCGAAAUUAACAAGGACACCAGAUAGGAGAGAAGGAUCCGUGACCGGUUCAACUAGAGGUCAACGAGAGGGAGAGAAUGUGCUCAGUGAUUGGUCAGAAGAUGAUCAGCACUCUGACCUACUUAGCAGGGGUGAAGGCAGGGGACCCCCCAGUCGUGACUCAGGUAGCAGAGAUCAAGAAGAAUGGCGGGGGCGUCAUCGCGACGACUCUCGUGAAGGAAGAGAUCGUGUACGCGAGAUCAGGGAUGAUUAUCGUCAGAGGAGUCGACCAAGUAGCCGAGAACGCAUCCCACCAAGGGACUAUGACAGGGGUAGGAAUGAGCCGUCUAGAUUUCCUGAAAGAGAAAGACCUCCUGAUGAAAUUCCACCCAAACAGGAAGCUGAAGUCAGAGCAAGUAAAGAUGGCAUGUCACCACCUGCAGGGGGCAGCACUGAGGGUGACAUGAAAGAUUUACCACCAGAUGUCUCUGCAAACCAAGAAGGCGAGGACAAGCAAAGCACUGCAGGAGGUAACUUGGAGUAUGACGAGAUCUCAGACAAUGAGCUGGAUGAGAUAUUGGCCACUGAGGAGGCUGAACAAGAGGAGGAAAGUGCACCAGCCCCAGUGGACAUAUUAGACAUCGACUGGCGCAGUCUGAUAGCGGAGAAGGUCCCCAAGCCGGAAGUGAAGAAAUCGGCUGUGAAACGGUUCAGUCCAGCCAGUGUGUUUGCCAGUAUUGGUGUGUCCAGGGCACUGGCUGGAGAGCAGCUGUAUAAUAAGAUUAUCAGGACAUGUCAGGAACAGUUAGAGCAAGAAGCUGCAGAGGAGGCUGCAGAGGCACCUGAGGGCAGCACAGAAGAACCCAAGACAAGCCAGAGAGAACAUCCGAAGUUUGCUCUGUUGAAUGACGUAGCAGCAUUCCAUGCCACGGCAGUUCAGCGCCGCAGGGAGCGAGCUAAGUUGCUGACGGACUUGGAUUCUUACAAAAGGGCCCUGAGCGCCAGGCAUGAUCUGCAGAUCCGCAGGAAGCUGUGUAAAUUUGAUAAGGCUAGCGAGCUGAGCAGUGUGUUUCCGGCACCGGUUCACGACCCGGAGCUGUACAAACAGAGUCUUCAAAUCCUCAGACAUCCUAGAGGCGCCAGGAACGCUGCGGAGACUCCUCUCAAUAUCACGGCCUAGCAACCCGCAGGGGAUAGAUACGGGAAUAUUGGAGCAGUUUUGACCGAGUUUCAAUAACUUCAGUAUUAAAAAUCCUCCGGCCAAUCGCCCAAGGGGCGGCGCGCAUGCUUCAAAAUCUUCUGUAAACGUUGGAGACCAGAAACUCACCGCUUUAGACUUAAAAGUUUGGAAGAUUGAGAGGCUAAACCGUCAGUGAGCUUUCGAACUUAUCCUGUAUGUAUUUGGGUUACAGGAUCUUCCUAGUUCCUAUAAAUUAUGCGUUGUGACAGAGCUGCAGGUGAAAUUCAUCUUUAUAAAUAUGUAGACUGCAUAUCAUUACCGGCAUACAAGACGCCUUAAGACCUAAUAUUAAUUGCAAAAAUAUGGAUUUUUUUUUAUGUCACCUAGAUAUACUGUGACAAGUGCCAGCUACUAUAACAUUACGAACCUAAAAAGCCGGUUACUUUAAAACUGGCGAAGCGGGCUUAUUUUUGUUAUUGUAUGAACAGUUUUGGGUAUUAAAAUCCCAUGGUGUGUAAGGAAAAAAAUACUGAAAUUUGUUGUGCUGUAUAAAUGUCUAUUCCUCGUUGUGUUUGCCUGUAUGUAAGAUGCGCUUGACGGAACUUCAACGCGUGACAGAAGUGCGCUUUUUGCGGCGAUAGGUUUUAGAAAAAUUCAAAUUUGUUUGAGAAAAUGUAGGUUUUUUAGGAGACCAUUCAUCAAGUAGUUGGUAUAGCAUUGUAGUAUUGUGUAGGAGUGUUUGAAUACGUGCACAAGUCGGGGAUGAACUAAUUUAAGAUUUAUGUAAAUAACGAUAAUAGUAAGGAUAUCUUGCUUAAAUUGUAUGAAACAUGAUAAAAAAUGCUUAGAACAAAAUUCAUUAAAAUGAUUUUCAAAUGGU